AUGAGCUACACGCCUGACCCGUUCUGGUACUCCCAGGGCUGCGUCUUCACGAGCGAUGUUCUCCAGUCUCAAUGGCUGAAGCACGGAUGGCUUUUCACCCACAACGGACUACUUGUCCCUAUCAAUUGGGCCCCCGGCGAGUUCGACUACUUCUGGACGACCGCCGUCCACGGUUGCAGUGACUUCAGAGCCAGAGACAUCGCUCAGCAGAUAUACUGGCAUAAGCUCUAUGACAACUACAGUGAGAGGAACGAAUGGCUAGCAAACUACGACGCCAUAGUAGAGUUUUAUAACCAGCGCUUCGAGGAAGCUAAGUGGGGAAAGAAGAAACAAGAUCAGGAGGAGGAGUUGACGACGACGCCGGCCGCCACGACGAAGGAUGAGGAUUUGCCGGUCUGUGAGAAGGUUGUAUCUGACGACAAGAACAAGUGCACCAAGGUCACUGACGAUAAGACCAAGGAGCAAAACAUUGCCGACACCGUUGCCGACAAGGAUGGCGAUGUCAAAGAAGAAGUUAAAGAGAUUGUUGUCGCUCAAUUGGGCGACAAGGACGACUCCAGUUCUGACACUGGAAACACUAUCACGGACAAACAACAGGAGGCUAGCACCGCCGAGACAACUCCAGAACAGCUGCCGAAAGCAGCUAAGACUACAUUGGUCUCUCCUGAAUCCGAUCCCGUUGAGUUGGGGAGCUCGACGUCGGUCAAGACUACAAGGACCCGCAAGGUGCCUAAGGUGAAGCCUCUGAAGAACCGUGAGAAGAGAAGCGCUAAGAAGGCCGCCAAGAAGGCCGCUCUGAACAACUUGGAGGAUCAGAGUAAGAUGUUUAAGCUUUCGAAGCUUGGAAGAUGA